UGUCGUACAUACAAAACUAAUUCGUUUCUAUAUGGUGUUUUACGUUAGAAUUAUAUAUAUAUUUGAUUGCGUUGUAAGUUGAGUGUUGUAGUUGUAGUGUUAAUACUGCCAUUAAACUGCAGUGAGUUUAACACUCGGUCGCUCGUUUGACCUUGUACGAGUUUAGGAAGCGCGCCUGAAGUUUCCCCGCACGUCCUCUUAUUAUUAUUAUUAUUAUUAUUAUUAUUAUUAUUAUUAUUCUGAAGAUGUUGGCGGUUCGCUCACUGAUCUGCAGACCCUACGGCUUCCUGCUAAAGUCUCCCACAGCUCGCUUUGCUCAGACAGGCGGUGUGGGCUUCAUCCACACCAGCGCCAAGUGCAGCAGCGCCAAAGUAGCAGUGGUGUUGUCUGGAUGUGGAGUGUAUGAUGGUACAGAGAUCCACGAGGCAUCAGCAAUCCUGGUGCAUCUAAGUCGGGGUGGUGCCAAGGUCCAGAUGUAUGCUCCUGAUGUGGCUCAGUUGCACGUUAUAGACCACAGCAAGGGGCAGCCUUCAGAGGAGUCCAGGAAUGUCCUAGCUGAGUCGGCUCGCAUCGCCAGGGGUAACAUCACUGACCUGGCUAACCUGAGUGCCGGUAACCAUGAUGCAGUCAUCUUCCCAGGAGGCUUUGGGGCUGCUAAAAAUCUGUCAACGUUUGCUGUCGAUGGAAGUGACUGUGCUGUGAAUAAGGAGGUAGAACGUGUCUUAAAGGACUUCCAUAAAGCAGGCAAGCCUAUUGGGUUGUGCUGUAUCUCUCCGGUGCUGGCGGCGAAGGUGCUCCCAGGUGUGGAAGUGACCGUGGGCCAUGAGGAAGAGGAGGGGGGAAAGUGGCCAUACGCUGGUACUGCUCAGGCCAUCACUGCACUCGGGGCCAAACACAAAGUCAAAGAUGUCACUGAGGCUCAUGUUGACCAAAAGAAUAAGGUGGUGACCUCUCCUGCAUUCAUGUGUGACACGCAGUUGCACCUGAUCUUUGAUGGGAUUGGUUCCAUGGUCAGAGACGUCCUGAAGCUGACUGGGAAAUAAGUGGCACACAGCUUCCUUCAACAAGCUGCACUUACACUGCACUUAGACACACAAUCACGUAAUGUAUUCUACAUGCAUCUGAUCCUUUUGUGAAACAAUACGCAAAAGCAUUAUGAUCGUUUCAAUUCUGAAUGUCAGUAAAACACUUUUGGUUGGCAAACUGCAGUUGAUAAGCUUGACUAAAAACUCCUAGUUUAUUAUAUGCAAAAAGAAGUGUUUUUCUUCACACUGCAGCGUGAUAUGUGAAUAAAGCUUUAGUACACUCCUAAACAGAACCCCAGCAGGAUUAAAGUGUUAGACAUUAUCAAUCAAAAGCCUAUCUCUGCAUGGUUUUAUUUCUUCUAAAUGUCCGCUAGAUGGUGCAAUGUCACAACCAGACCUGCACUAAGAAAGCCACUGCUGGAACUAGAGUAAACCAGGAUUUUUUGAAUAAAAAAAUACUUGAUUUCAACAGUUUUUGAUCUGAUCUGUUUGUUCUUGAAAAUGCAAUUAAAACAGUAAAAUUUGUCAAAUUAUGAAAUGUCAUUUUAGAUUUUAAAAAGCAUGCUGGUUUAAAUGUUCUUUUAAUAUCACGUCAUUAUGAAUGAGAAAAAGGAAAUUCCUGGAUUACUGUGUAACUUACAUGGUCUUUCGCUGUGUACUACUGUGUGUCAUAGGUGAGCAGUGUCAAAAGAUAAGACACAAUAAGAGCAAAUGUGGUUAAUAUGGUAGCUCGAAAAGAUCUGACCUUGUAACAAAUGUAACGCCUACACAAAUGUAAUAUAUUAUGGAAUAUGUUAAUAUACAGGAUACUUACAAAUAAAGUUGUUCUUUCUUCA